AUGCGGAUCGCAGUAGUUCUGCUGGCGACGUGUGCCACCCUUGCGUCGGCCUACAUCAAUACCCACCAGUGGGGCGACCGAAGCGGCAUCGUCCACCUGUUCGAGUGGAAGUGGGAUGACAUCGCAAACGAGUGCGAGAACUUCCUGGCUCCGAAGGGAUAUGCGGGCGUGCAGGUGUCGCCAGUGACGGAGAACUCCGUCGUCUGGAGCCCCCGCCGUCCGUGGUGGGAACGCUACCAGCCAAUGUCCUACGGCUUUACUACCCGCUCGGGCAAUGAGGCACAGUUCGUGAAUAUGGUGCGACGAUGUAACGCGGUCGGUGUGCGCAUCUACGUCGAUGUGGUCUUCAACCACAUGGCCGACCUGGUGGGAGGCGGUGGAACUGGUGGCAGCACGGCCAACCGGCAAACCUUUUCGUUCCCGGGCGUACCGUUCAGUCAGCUGGACUUCAAUUCGCCGUGCAUCAUCACGAACUACCAGGAUCCGAUCAUGGUCCGCAAUUGUCAGCUAGGGGCCCUUCCCGAUCUGAACCAAGGAGUGCCAUGGGUGCGCGAUAAGAUUGUGGAGAUGUUGAACAAGCUCAUCUCGUUUGGUGUCGCCGGUUUCCGCGUGGACGCCGCCAAGCAUAUGUGGCCCGGAGACCUGCAGGCCAUCUUCAGUCGUUUGAACGAUCUGUCUACGGCGCACGGAUUCCCGGUCGGUGCACGCCCCUUCAUCACGCAGGAGGUCAUCGAUCUGGGCGGAGAGGCGAUCAGCAAGAACGAGUACACGCACCUCGGUACGGUGACCGAGUUCCGCUUUUCGGCCGAGAUCGGUAAGGCGUUCUAUGGACGUAACUCACUCCGUUACCUCAGCAACUGGGGUCCCGCUUGGGGCUUCUUGGAGUCUCAUCUGGCUCUGGUGUUCGUUGAUAAUCACGACAACCAGCGCGGACACGGUGCCGGUGGUGCCGACGUCCUCACGCACAAGGUGCCCAAGAACUACAAGAUGGCCUCGGCGUUCAUGCUUGCGCAUCCGUAUGGCAUCCCGCGGGUCAUGAGCUCGUACUUCUUCAAUGAUGGAGAACAGGGACCCCCCUCGGAUGGCGAUGGUAACCUGAGCUCGCCGAUCAUCAACGCGGACGACUCGUGCGGCGGAGGCUGGGCGUGCGAGCACCGGUGGCGUCAGAUCUACAACAUGGUCGGCUUCCGUAAUGCGGUCGCCGGUACCGGACUGAACGACUGGUGGGACAACGGCAACAAUCAGAUCGCUUUUUGCCGUGGCGGACGUGGUUUCGUGGCCUUCAACUUGGAGGGUUACGACCUGAACCAGAACCUGCAGACGUGUCUGCCGGCCGGUACGUACUGUGAUGUGAUUUCGGGCAGCAAAUCCGGCAGUAGCUGCACUGGAGCCAGCGUCACCGUUGGAGGUGAUGGACGAGCCAACAUCUUCAUUUCCAGCAACGCUGAGGAUGGUGUCCUUGCUAUCCAUGCUAACUCUCGGUUGUAA